AUGAAUUUGAAUUCCAAUAUUAUACUUUAAAAUGGCGUGUUGGAUCAACCCACUCUCUUAGCUCAUGUAGCUGACAUCUGAGAGGGUGCCAGGGUUCUUGAGGAAGAGAGGCUGGUGCUCGAUAUGUGUAUCAGCUAAGUUUUCUUGGUUUGGUUAAGCGAAAUGUCGGGUUGGCCGACCACAGGCUUUACUCCAAUGCCAAGUUUUUAUCUCAGAGGGAGAUAUGUCCGGAUGUCGGAAAAGGGUUUCACAACAAUACCAAUAGUGUUGGUCUUGACCAUCAGGUAUAUUCUUCAGCGUGAAAACAGAGAGUUACGCUCUGGGCUAUGGAUUUCCAUCUUAGCCAAGAGCCGACCAGAAAAUUUAACCCUCUAGAAUUUUCAUGGUAGGCAUCACUGUUGGCGUAUGGCACGGUGACCCAAACUAUUUUACUGCAGGGAGCAUGCACAGGUCCAUGCCUGGUAUGAGCAAGACUUUGAAGGUCGUGCUACAAUUAUCGGCGAAGCGUACAAGUAGAGCAUUAUGGAAAGGAAUAAGGAUCUUCGUAUCCCAACAGAGUGCUUUCCUAUAACCCAACUAAGUGUAAGUGUAAGAAUUCCAAUUCCAGCUUGAAACCGAAAAACAAAUCCACACUAACUAUGUGUGUAGCACGUAAUUUUUAAAAAGAUACCAAAUAUCAAGUUGUUCGUUAUGUAAGCCGAAAACUAAUGGGCUGAAGAUUAACUAAGAAUGAUAAUCCUGACAAUUGAGAUGUCAUGUGACUUGACUGUACAGUAGCUCCAAGCGUCUUUGCAACUAUGAAACCUUAUCAAAGAGUUAACCAUUUCCCAGGGAUGUAUGCAAUUGCAAGGAAAAGCAAUUUGUGUAUGAAUCUCAAUAAAAUGAGAAAAUUAUUUCCCGAUGACUAUGACUUUUUUCCGAAAACUUGAUUUUUGCCUGCAGAAUAUUCUGAAUUCCAAGAAGAAUUUUACCAGGGAGAUUCCCACACAUAUAUAGUGAAACCUGAAGCAUCAUCUCAAGGACGAGGAAUCUUCUUAAUUCAAGAUAUCCAGGAUAUGGAUAAAAUUGAGCAUUAUAUCGUACAGAAGUAUGUUGAUAAACCUUUGCUUAUAGAAGGACUGAAAUUUGAUAUGAGAAUUUAUGUCCUAGUAACCGGAUGCGACCCUUUGAGGCUUUGGAUACAUGAGGAAGGCUUAGCUAGGUUUGCUACAGAGGAAUAUAAAAAACCGAGUGGCGGGAAUCUUGAUAAGAUUUGUAUGCAUUUGACAAAUUAUGCUGUGAAUAAAAGAAAUUCGAAAUUCAUUGGAAAUCAAGAUGCAGAAGCUGAUGAUGUGGGUCAUAAGCGAAGUAUUUCAGCAGUAUUUACCUAUUUGGAAGAAAAAGGGUAUGAUGUCGAGUCUUUAUGAAAUGGAAUAUGCGAUAUUAUUAUAAAAACAUUGUGCACAAUCCAGCCUUCAUUAGCUCACACUUAUAAAUCAUGCCAGCCUGAAGACUUGUCAAAUGCGAUGUGCUUUGAAAUCCUUGGCUUUGACAUACUUGUUGAUUCAGACCUCAAGCCAUGGCUUCUUGAAGUAAACCAUUCGCCCGCAUUCAGCACAGAUUCUCCUUUAGAUAAAAAAAUAAAGCGGCAAGUCAUCAAAGAAGCUCUGUGCAUGAUGGGACUUUCUACAAAAGACAAGAAAAACUAUGAAAUUUCCAAAAGAAAUCAAAUAAUGAGGAGAAGUGUUUAUAAUCAAAGCAUAAGAGAAAGAAUGCAAGAAAAAGAAAUUAUGAGAGAAAAUAUACAGUCUCAAAGAGACAUCAAUGAAGAAGAAAACUGUGGGGCUUAUAUAAAAAUUUUCCCUGAUAAUAAUGACGAAUAUUAUCAAAAUUUUAUGAACUAUUCAAAAGAAAUAUGAGAAGAAUUCACAGGAUCAAGGUCAAGGAUGCCAAGCUUUAAAGAUGAGAUUCCUAGACCGAAAUCUUCUGGAGGAAGCAGAAGAAACAUUUCUUCUGCACCUCAGGCGAUUAAAAGCAAUGAUAGGUCGCUUCUUAGACAUGUGGAAACGCCUUCUCCAAAAGAAUUUCUUCCAAGUAAAAAAGAUCUAAAGUAUGUUUGGGAUCAAAAAGAGGGUUACGUUAAUUCAAAGUAAUAUUUAUUUAGUCUCGCUAUGUACUUGCCAGCAAAAGACAGAAAGAAGCGAUAA